AUGACUGUCCAAGAGCUCUCCAUCCGCAAGGUCACGCUGGAGACGCUCCCUGCCAUCCACGCCCUUGUCGAGAGCUCCUUUCGCGGGCGCCACGCCGAGAAGGGCUGGUGCAGCGAGGCCGAGUUCUUCACCGGCGCGCGCAUCACGCCCGCGGGCAUGCUGGAAAAGUUCCACAGCCCGAGCACCACCUUCCUCGCCGGCUACGACCCCGGCAGCGGCGCGCUCGUCACCUGCUGCGAGAUUGUUCAAAAGAACGCCGACGUGUGCUACUUUGGCCUCUUCGCGGUGGACCCAGAGCGGCAGGGCGGCGGCAUCGGCAGCCGCGUGCUGCGCGAGGCCGAGCGGUACGCCCGCGCGGAGCUCGGCUGCGCGAGGAUGGAGAUGCAGGUCAUUGACAGGCGCGACACGCUGAUUGCGUACUACGUCCGAAGGGGCUACGUACUGACAAAGGAGACGCGUCCGUUUCCGUACGAGCUGUUUGGGGAGGGCACCAUUCUUCGGGAUGAUUUGCGCUUUGCGGUGUUGGUGAAGGAGUUGGAGGCGUAG